GCUGUAAUAGAUCACAGGCUCGCGCUGCGUGUACAUAAACGCACAGUCGUUUACACAACCUAUAUAUCUACCUGCAUAUACAUUUUAUAGCGUGACAUGAUGAACACAAAUGGAAACGUUAGCUUAGCAUAUAUGUGCAGGAUGCUGGUUGGGUUUGGAGGGGGAGGUUGGCUUUGAGGUACCGCCCCUCAUUCAUUCUGCCGAGGACACCGGAGGAGGACGGACCUCUGAGGGACCUUUGAGGGGGAAAAAGGAGAGGAAAGAGAGGAAAGGAAAGGCCACCGUCCCUUUUGUAAUAUAAAGUGAAGAUCUCGAGUGAUAGGAUCAAGGAAAAGGCGUGGAUGCUUCGGGCCCGGUGCGCGCGCCGGCUAUGCGGGAAGCGUAAACCGGUCUCUCUCUCUCUCUCUCUCUCUCUCUCUCUCUCGCUGUCUCUCUCUCCCUCUCUCUCUCUGUCUGUCUCUCCCUCUCUCCGUAUCACGAGCAUCAUUGAUUUAUUGGGUGAGACCAGGAUCAGCGGCCUGUCGCGCGGUUAAAAUAUGGAUGCGUUCUUUGCAGAGGGGACGCGUGUGUGGGUGAAGGAGAAAGAGCAACUGCUUCCCUCUACAGUCAACUCCUGCGGAGACGGAACCAUCGUCCUCACUACUGACUAUGGAGAGGUGUUGUACCUUCAGCAGGCAGAGGUGAACCGGGAGAAGGUGUACCCCAUGCACCAGAGAAGCAUCGAUGGCGUGGAGGACAUGUCCACACUGGCCGAGCUCCACGAGGCCGCUAUCAUGCACAACCUUCACCAGCGCUACCAGAAGGAUCACAUCUAUACGAACAUCGGCUCCAUCUUGGCAGCGGUGAACCCAUAUAAGCAGAUCACAGACUUGUACGAUCUCUCAGCCGUAGAGCUGUACAGUCGACAUCACCUCGGCGAACUCCCGCCUCACAUCUUCGCCGUGGCCAACGAGAGCUACCGAUGCCUCUGGAAAAGACACGACAGCCAGUGUGUGCUCAUCAGUGGAGAGAGCGGUGCUGGUAAAACAGAGAGCACUAAACUUCUGCUACAGUUUCUGUCUGUCAUGAGCCAGAAUUCAGCGGGGGCACCGGAGAAGACUGCCUGUGUAGAGCAAGCUAUCGUACAGAGCAGUCCGAUCAUGGAAGCAUUUGGAAAUGCCAAAACUGUUUACAACAACAACUCCAGUCGCUUCGGAAAGUUCAUCCAGCUUCAUUUCUGUCAGAGCGGCAACAUCCAAGGAGGCUGCAUCGUCGACUAUUUGCUUGAAAAGAACCGUGUGGUGAGGCAGAACCCUGGAGAGAGAAACUAUCACAUCUUCUACGCUCUACUGGCCGGUGCUGAUAAAGAACAGAAAGAAACAUAUUUCCUGGCAGAACCUCCUGAGUUGUUUCAUUACCUGAGCCAGUCCGGCUGCGUGAAGGACCGCAAUCUGGACGAUAAGAAGCUCUACGACAGUGUCAUGGAAGCACUGAAGGUGCUGGAGUUCAGUGAGGAGGAGAUCAGAGACAUGUUCAAGCUGCUGUCUGGAGUCCUGCAGCUGGGCAACAUUGAGUUCAUGACAGCAGGGGGUGCUCAGAUCACUACCAAGCAGGUGGCUACUAAUGUCAGUGAGCUUCUGGGUCUGGACUCAUUCCAGUUGUCAGAAGUUUUGACUCAGCGCUCCAUGAUCCUGAGAGGAGAAGAGAUCUGCUCCCCGCUUACUAUAGAGCAGGCGAUAGAUUCGCGGGACUCAGUUGCCAUGGCGCUGUACUCUCAGUGCUUCUCCUGGAUCAUCAUGCGCAUCAACCAGAAGAUCAACGGCCGAGAAAACUUCAAAUCCAUCGGCAUCCUCGACAUCUUUGGCUUUGAGAAUUUCGAGGUGAACCGCUUUGAGCAGUUCAACAUCAACUAUGCUAAUGAGAAGCUGCAGGAGUAUUUUAACAAACACAUCUUCUCUCUGGAGCAACUCGAGUACAACAGGGAGGGAAUUCGCUGGGAAGCCAUAGACUGGAUGGACAACGCAGAAUGUCUGGAUCUGAUUGAAAAAAAACUGGGCAUGUUGGCACUGGUUAAUGAGGAGAGUCGCUUCCCUAAAGGCACAGAUUUCACUCUGCUGGAGAAACUACACAGCCGACACUCGACGAACCCGUACUACGUGAAACCUCGUCUGGCAGAUCAUCAGUUUGGCAUUAAGCACUAUGCUGGAGAGGUUUUGUAUGAUGUGAGAGGCAUCUUGGAGAAGAACAGAGAUACAUUUAGAGAUGAUAUCUUGAACAUGCUGAAGGACAGCAGGCUGGACUUCAUCUACGACCUGUUUGAGCAAGUGGGCAGCAGGAAUAAUGAAGAGACCCUGAAGAUGGGCACCGCCCGGAAGAAACCCACCGUGAGCUCUCAGUUCAGAGAUUCUCUGCACUCCUUAAUGGCCACUCUCAGUGUGUCCAACCCCUUCUUCGUGCGUUGCAUCAAACCCAACAUGGACAAGACACCCAACAGGUUUGACCCAGAGGUGGUUCUGAAUCAACUGCGGUACUCCGGCAUGCUGGAAACGGUGAAGAUCCGGCGUGCAGGGUUUCCCAUCAGACGCACUUUUAAAGACUUCUUGAGCAGGUAUAAGAUUAUUCUGAAGGAAGACGGGAAAUCGGCAGCAGCUGAUGGAGAUGAGAAGAAAAGGUGCACUGAUCUGCUCACCAAAUACGACCACACCAAGAAAGACUGGCAGCUGGGGAAGACCAAGGUGUUUAUGAAGGAGUCUCUGGAGCAGAAGCUGGAGAAGGAGCGAGACGAGGUGCGGCGUAAAGCCGGCCUCAUCAUACGAGCGCACCUGCUCUCUUACAUAGCAAGGAAGCACUUUAAAAAAGCUCUGUCCAGCAUCUUGACCAUCCAGAAGAACUACCGUGCACAUUUCUACCACCGACGAUUUCUACGCAAACGCUCGGCCGUCCUCAUCCUGCAGAAGUGCCGGCGCGGACAGGUGGCGCGGAACAGGUUUCGCAAACUCCGAGACGAGAAGAGGAAGAGAGAGGAGGAGGAGAGAAGGAAGAAAGAGGAAGAGGAGAAGAAGAGAGAGGGAGAUGGGGCACAGGUGAAAGGAGGAGACACAGAAAAAGGAGAGGAUGAGGCAGCAGAAGGCACUCAGGAGCUCUCUGUGGAGGACCGGAGCCGUCAGAUGGAGGAGAUCCUGAGGCUGGAGCGGGAGAUCGAGCGGCUGCAGAAGCAGAGGGAGGACGGCGUGUCGCAGCUGUGUGAGAGCUCACGGCAGGAGCUGAGGCUACGCCGUCACGCCGAGGCUCUGCGGCUCAAAAAGCAGGCAUCGCGUGUCGCCACUCAGUUGCUUGACCUGCAGAGCUUUGCUGGCAUCCAGCCUGAACAGAAGGUCCCUGCGGCGCCGUCUUUGCCCACUGCGGCUGAAAGUUCCAUUGUGGGAGAGGGUCGAGUCUCCCUACCUGAUUUCCCUCCUCCGACUGAGGGGCCUCCUGAUCAGGAGAUCUUAGCCACGCUUCCUCCACCUCCAGCCGCCUUCGCUGAGGGCACGCUGCCAUCCUCUUCACCUGCUGCUGCUGCUGCUCCAACCAUCCCCGCACCUCCUCCUCCUCCGCCUCCUCCACCUCCUCCCCCACCUCCUCCACCUCCUCCUCCACUCCCAGGAGAGGCGGCACAGGCAAACAAGGACGUCUCCAAACCGGAGGAGGAGAAGGAGGAAAUGUCUAAGCCAGCAGAGCCUGAGAAAGAGGAGAAAAAGGCAGAUGAGGCAGAGGGUGAGACAGCGGAUCGCGGCAGCAGGCUGACCGAAACAGAGGAGCCGAUAUACCACCUUCCGCUGGACACAGAGUCCGACUACGACCAGGACGAGCUGGAGGACGGUCAGAACAGCAACGCGGCAAACGACCCGGAGCAUGCACGCAAGUCCACCUGCACCAACGCCAGCCAGGAGUCAUACAAUCGCAGCUCAGAUUCGUAUGUGGAGAGUGAUGAGGAGCAUGAUGGUCUCGCUGAUACAGAUGAAGAGCUGUCGAAUGGUAAAGGCAACGUGCUGAAUGGUAACGGGCCUCCAUAUUUCCACAGCUACCUCUAUAUGAAAGCGGGUUUGAUGAUCCCGUGGCGAAGGCGCUGGUGUGUGCUGAAGGACGAGACGUUCAUGUGGUUCCGCUCCAAACAGGAGUCUCUGAAGUCGGGCUGGCUGUAUAAGAAAGGCGGAGGACUGUCCACGCUGUCGCGCAGGAACUGGAAGAUGCGCUGGUUUGUGCUGCGUGACUCUAAGCUCAUGUACUUCGAGAACGACAGCGAGGAGAAGCUCAAGGGCACCAUUGACAUCCGCUCAGCCAAGGAGAUAGUAGACAACCACGAGAAGGAGAACGCACUGAACAUCGUGACGGAUGAACGGACAUAUCAGGUGUUUGCUGAGUCACCAGAAGACGCCAGUGGUUGGUUUACCGUGCUGAGUCGGGUCCACACUGCCACCCCCGAGCAGCUGCUGGAGAUGUCCCAUGAGCAGGCGAACCCAAAAAACGCUGUGGGCACUCUGGAUGUCGGACUGAUCGACUCUGUGUGUGCAUCUGACAAUCCGGACCGACCUAACUCUUUUGUGAUCAUCACGGCGAAUCGAGUGAUCCACUGUAACACUGAGCUACCAGAGGAGAUGCACCACUGGAUCAGCCUCCUGCAGAAGCCCAAAGGGGACGCCAAGGUCGAAGGCCAGGAGUUCCUGGUUAGAGGCUGGCUGCAUAAAGAGGUGAAGACCGGAGCCAAGAGCAGUGCGCUGAAACUGAAGAAGCGCUGGUUCAUUCUGACCAACAACUCUCUGGACUAUUACAAAUCGGCCGAGCGCAGCACAUCCAAGAUGGGCACGCUGGUGCUGAACAGCCUCUGCUCCGUGGUCCAGCCCGACGAGAAGGUGUUCAAAGAGACGGGAUACUGGAACAUUGUGGUUCAUGGGAGGAAACAUUCCUACCGGCUCUACACCAAGAUGUUGAAUGAGGCCAUGAGAUGGGUUUCCGCAAUUCAGGGUGUCAUUGAGAACAAGGCGCCCAUCGAGACUCCGACGCAGCAGCUCAUCCGAGAUAUCAAGGAGAACAGUGUGAAUUCGGAGGCGGUGGAGCAGAUGUACCGCCGGAACCCCAUCCUACGCUACACCCAGCAUCCGCUGCACUCGCCCCUGCUACCGUUACCAUAUGGAGAGAUCAACGAUAGCUUGCAAAAGGAGAAGGGCUACGGCAGCCUGCAGGAUGAGGCAGUGAAGAUCUUCAACUCUCUGCAGGAGAUGGAGAUUGUCUCGGACCCGGUGGCCAUCAUCCAGGGCAUCCUGCAGACCUGCCAUGACCUGAAGCCGCUCCGAGAUGAGGUUUACUGUCAGCUGAUCAAACAGACCAAUCACGUGCCUCAGCCCAACAGCCCAGGAAACCGUGCACACUGGCACCUGCUCACGUGCAUGAGCUGUACGUUCCUGCCCAGCCGCGCCAUCCUGCGCUACCUGCGCUUCCACCUCAAAAGGGUGAGGGAGCGUUAUCCUGGCACCGAGAUCGAAAAGUAUGCCCACUUUAUCUCCGAGUCUCUGAAGAAGACCAAGACGAGGGAGUUUGUGCCCUCUCAGGAGGAGAUCACCGCUCUGCUGACCAGACGCGAGAUGAGCACCACAGUGUACUGCCAUGGAGGAGGAUCCUGCAAGAUCUCCAUCAACUCCCACACCACUGCAGGAGAGGUUGUGGAGAAGCUGAUCCGAGGUCUGGCGAUGGAUAACAGCCGGAAUUUAUUCUCCCUGUUUGAACACAACAAGGUGGAGAGCCGAGCUAUCGAGAGCCGCAUCAUUGUAGCAGACGUACUCGCCAAAUUUGAAAGACUGGCAGGAAGUGAGGAAGAGGAAGAAGAAGGACCUUGGCGGCUUUAUUUUAAACUGUAUUGCUUCCUUGAUGUGGACAGCAUGCCCAAAGAGGGGGUGGAGUUUGCCUUCAUGUUCGAACAGGCUCACGAGAGUCUGAUCAGCGGCCACUUCCCGGCGUCCGAGGAGACGCUACAGCACCUGGCCGCACUUCGGCUUCAGUACAUCCACGGAGAUGUGGCGCGCACGCCGUGGAGCCUGAGCAGUGUGUAUCCGGUGGGCCGCCUCCGUACCCGCAUCCUGCACUCCACCAAGGUCGGUGGGUCGGGUGGGGUGGGAGUCGCGGGCAUGGGUCCAGGAGGUCACACGCUCGAGAGGAGAAGGACCAGCUUCUUGGAUGGCACGCUGAGGCGCAGCUUCAAGACCGGCUCGCUGAAGAAGCAACGUGAGGAAGAGCAGAUGCUGGAGAUGUUUGUUAAGGAGGAGAUGUCAGCCACUCUGACCAGCGUCCUAGAGAAGUGGAACCGCCUGCAGGGGAUGCCUCAACACCAGGCUAUGCUCAGCUACAUGACUAUCAUCAAAGAGUGGCCCGGAUAUGGCUCCACGCUCUUUGACGUUGAGUGUAAAGAAGGAGGCUUUCCUCAUGACCUGUGGCUGGGAGUGAGUGCAGAGAAUGUGUCUGUGUAUAAGCGAGGAGAACCCAAACCACUCGAGACCUUCCAGUACGAGCACAUCGUCUUCUUUGGCGCGCCGCAGCCUAGCACCUACAAGAUCACCGUCGACGAGAGGGAGAUGUUUUUCGAAACUCCUCGGGUGGGUGAGAUCACAAAGAUCAUGAAGGCCUAUAUCAACAUGAUCGUCAAGAAGCGCUGCAGCGUCAUGUCUGUCACCAGCACCGGCAGCGCUUGGAUCAGGUGAUCGAAACCAGCCAAUCGGAUUAUGGGCUUGUGAGCGAUGAAAUUACCAGUGAGAGAAAAAGUCCUUGUGUUGACCCAGGAAACAUGAGCACAUAGAGUGAAAAGGGAAGAGCAAGAAAUUCAGAGGUCUGAAAAAAGCUGGACCACAGUUUAUUUGGUGAAACUUAUACACACUGCUACAAAGCACAACAAAUCCUGCAGUCCUGUGAUGUGAACCCUCCCUUAAUGCUGGCACUACAGUUGACGGUCUUCAAAAUCUUCAUCCAGUCCUAAUCAAAAAUGUUCAUCUUGUGAUGUUCUCGAUGAACGUGGUGUGAGUUGUGCUUCUUGCUACUGUUCAAACUGUUUCCCCACUUUCCUGAUUUCAUCAUUUUGGGGACGUCAUAGUGAGCUCCUCUGUAAGAGUCACACUGAGAGACAUUUUUAAAAGCCAAGGCCACUGGCAGCCAUGUAUUUAUUUGUUUGUUUGUUUAUUUAUUUAUUUAUUGAACACCAACCAGUAUCAGCGCAACUGAAGUCUAAUCAAUUCAACUUAAAUCAAUGCAACUCAUUUGCGCUUAACUUAAAUCAGCUCAACUCAAGUGAACUCAGCUCAACUCAAUUCAACUCAGUUCAGUUCAGCUCAAUCGAAACUGAAAUUGACUCAGCUCAGAUCAACUCAACUCAUUUAAGCUUAUCUCAGUUCACCUCAACUCAGCUCAAAUCAGCUUAACGCCGUUCAACUCAAUUCAAUUCGGCUGAACUCGUGAAAUUAGCUGAACUCAAAUAAACUCAAAUCAAAUCAGUUCAUCUCAGCUUAGAGCAACUCAACUCAACUCAAGUAACUCAACCCAACUCUAAUCAGAUCAAAUCAACUCAACUCAAAUCAACUCAUCUGCACAAAGAUUGAUCAGUGACUGUGUGACUGUGUUCUGAGAUCAAUGUGUACUAAACGCUUUUCAUAUCUCACUGUCAAAAUAUAUUUUAUACUGCAGUGAAAUCAGGAACAUCAUGUAACGGACACACUUUAAAUCUGAAAGUGCAACAAACACAUUGAAUUCCUGUAUUGUACACACCAAUGCACAAAUAGACUAAUGGACAGUGUGACUGCACAACACUUUUAAAAGUCUCUACAUACCUCCAUGUCCCCAGUACGGCAAGCCAAAACAACUUACUACUGAGAGAAUAUAUCAGUAUUACACCAAGCAAAGCCAGUGUUAAACUGGGGACGUUCACAUAACCAGCGCACAGUUUUUUUUAAUGCUGACUUUUAAUCAGUAACGUUUGAUCAAAAAAUGUAAUCAGUAUCGUAUGUACCAUGUGGCAUUCAUUUGUAUGUUUUUGAAUGCAAUCUUAGCUACUGAACUCAAACUCUUGCCUCCAUUAAAUAAGGAUUAUACUUUGAAUCCUACCACGAGGCUUUUUGAAAAGUUUUUCACUGUAAUGUUGCUUUGCGAAAGCUUGUAAAAGCUUAAAGCUGCACUGUUCAAUUCUGGAAGAAGUUAGCAAGAGAUAGCAAAUCGCUGAAAAUUAUUAUUUUUGUUUAUUUACAAUGGGCUCACAUGGUGGACUUCCCCUAAAAUAUAAGCAAAUGGGAAGUCAUUUACACAAUCUAAAGAGAGUUUGCAGAUGGAAGGUUCUAGAUGCCAAGAAGAACAGCAAUGACUCUACUACGUAUGUUAAUGUUAGCUAGGCUAAAAUUAAGCAAAUGAUGGCAACUUACAGCAAAGACGUUAGCAUUUUAUUAUCAUAUCGUCAUUUCUACCUGUAGUGUUCCGCCUAACGUCUGUUCCUGACAAUAGUAUCGGGUUUCUAUUCCUGGGACAUAACCAAGAUGGCCGCCUAGUAGACAAGCUUGCCUAUAAGGACUCACAGCAAAAAUGCAACACUUGUGAAUGCCAGGUAACUUUAUAGAAAAAAACAUCCAGCAAUCUAGCUGGCUUACAUCUACUAUGUGGGCAAAAUAUUUGGAAUAAUAACAAAUUGUACCAAAAAUGAUGGCACUCGCGUUUCCUCAUUAACAAGCCACACCAAUACAUUGAUGGGUUCCGUUUUUUGUUUUUUUUAAUUCACUGGCAGUUAUUUAUUUUACUUCAGUUUUGUACCAAAUUUUCAUGAUAUCUUUUGCACUAAAGAGCCCACACAAAAAAUAAACAAUGUUUAAUCCAGUUUUGAGAAGAAAAAAAUCUUAGUGUAAUUUAACCUCAAUUAAAUCUUAAUAACUUAGUGUGAAAGUAUUUGAAACAAUAUAUGUGGAAAUCAAAUACCUUGUGUGUCUAGUUGACACUCAGAGCAGUUUUUAAUGUUUUACAUUAAUUAGUUACAAUUACAUUUAUAGAGUGCUUUUUUAGACACUCAAAGCGCUUUACAAAGUAUGGGGGGGGGCCAUCUCCUUAACCACCACUAGUGUGUAGCGUCCACCUGGAUGAUGCGACAGCAGCCAUAGAAUGCCCACCACGCACCAGCUAUUCGUGGAGAGGAGAGAGUGAUUUAGCCAAUUCAGAGAUGGGGAUUAUUAGGGGCCAUGGUAGAGAAGGGCCAAUGGGAGAAUUCUGACAGGACACGGGGGUUAUACCCCUACUCUUUUACGAUAAGUGUCCUUGGAUUUUUAAUGACUACAGGGAGUCAGGACCUCGGUUUAACGUCUCAUCUGAAAGAUGGUGCUGUUUUUACAGUAUAGUGGCCCGUCAGUAUACUGGGGCGUUAGGCCCCACACAGACCACAGGGUGAGUACCCCCUUCUGGCCUUACUAAUAGCUUCCAGCAGCAGCCUUAGUUUUCCCCAGGAGCUCUCCCAUCCAGGUACUGGCCAGGCUCAACCCUGCUUAGCUUCAAUCAGAAACCAGGCGAGAAAUGCAGGGAUGGCUCUGGCUACAUCUAUGUAUUUUAUCCCACAAUGCUGCUGAAUUCUCUAUUCUGAUUGGUCAGGUGUUGGUUAAUUUUCAAUAAGAACAACUCUGACAGUAGUCCAGCUGCAAAUCACAGGUUUAUAAACAGUAACAUGCAAGUUGUAAUAAGUUAUCUUUUCUAUAGUAACAGCGUACACAGUACACAGGACUUGUUUACCAGAUCCUCCACCUAAACAAAAUUUUAAAAACAAACUGAUUAAAUAAAGAACAACAAAAACCAUAUAAUCAUUGAUAUAGUGAAGUUUUCUUUGAUUUAUUUAACAUUUAUGGAAGGAGUCUCCAUUGUCAGUGCUUUGUAACAGUCAAACGUAAAGCUGUAACUUUAAGUUUUCCGACAUGAGAAUGCCUUCAGGACAGAGGAGUUUGCAAGGGACAGUGAGGUAAUGACUGUUUAUAGCUGCUAUAAUGUAAGUGAUAACAGGAACUAACUUGUGUCACGGACGUUCCACAACAUUAAAUGUCAUUUUACUUGGAUUAAAUGUAUGACGUGUUAUACUUUAAUAAAUGACACAGUCGCCAUUGGCUGUGGUAUAAAAGGUGUGGUGUUAUAGGAAAAUAAUCAGCAACGGGGUGGUUUGAGGUGUCUCGACACAAAGCAGAGUUAUUAUGACCCUCCAAAGACCCCUAACACACUAAUAUACUUUACUGGACAAAUACUUACAUAAUAUCCUACAUUACAUUCAUAUCAUUGACUCUUAUUCAUCACCACUCCAGUAUGAGAAUCUCAUAUGCCUGUAUAGAUUUUUUUUAAUAAAAUAUAUAAAUAUAAAUCUACCGUAUCUCACAACAGUAUAAUUGUGUAAUUUUGCUGUUUGAUAUGCAACUGUUUGUCAAUGUCAUGCAAGUUUUUUUAAGUUUUUUUUUUAGCGUGUGUCUGAGAAUUUUGAACUAAAACUACAUGAGCAAAAAAAAAAAAAGAUUAUGGAUUACGAUUAUGAUUAUGGUCGUGGAGAAAUAAGCAUACAUGUAUAGGUAUGGGUGUUGUGAUUGUUAUUUAUGGUACAGAUUAAGGUGUGUAUUGGGAAGCUGGGUGAGCCAAGGGUUGGUGUAUUAAUUCUUCUUAUGAUGCUAAUGGUGACAGCGAGGGAGUGGGAAGGACAGAGAUCAAACUGAUGGUGGAUUGAUGCUCUCUGUCUGUGCUGAUCCAGGAUCAGGUUUAUAUCUAAAGCUUGAUCACCAGUAGCCUGGUGUGGGUGCUGAGAUUGUGUGAUGAGAGAUAUGGAUGCACAGAAAUGAUGUAUUGCUGUGUGUGUGUGUGUGUGUGUGUGUGUGUGUGUGUGUGUGUGUGUGUGUGUGUAUCCUAUCACAGUGUUGUUUGCUAAUUGAGCAGCCAAUCUAGUUCUUACAAUGCCCUAUUAUAAUGUAACCAACACAAAUACAUGCAUGCAAAGCACACACACACACACACACACACACACACACAUACACACACAUACACACACACCUGGCUGGUUCUAUCUCUCUCACUCUUUACACUGGGACCCUUGCUCAGCUGCAGGCAGCCAAUUAAAGGGCCUGAAUGUAAAUCUUCCUCAUUAUCGUUAUAUGACUCUAUAUAAGAUUAAAAAAAUAUGACUGUGCUUGUUUAAGAGAGAGUAAUUUUCUUUUUUUUGUAACUGGCUUUACAAAAUGCUUUAAUAAAUUAUUGGAAUUUAUCAUCACA